UGAAGAAGAAAUAAUCAGCAGAAACAAAAAAAUAUCACCCCCUCCAAAAAAAGCCCAAAUAAAGGGAAUAAACAACUUUAUUAAUAAUGGUGGAAACCAGGAGGAAAUUAUCAUCAACGGGGGCGGUGCUCCUGCUAUGUCUCUCUGCAUGGACGGUGGCGGUGGUUCAGGCAGAGGACCCCUACCUGUUCUUCGACUGGAAGGUAACAUAUGGCAAGAUGUCACCUUUCGGCGUCCAAAAAGAUGUCAUCCUAAUCAAUGGUCAACCGAUUGGCCCAAAGAUCAACUGUACAUCGAACAACAACAUUGUCGUCAACGUUUUUAAUGAGCUCGAUGAGCCAUUGUUGUUCCACUGGUCGGGGAUCCAGCAGAGGAAGAACUCCUGGCAAGACGGGACUCCGGGAACCAUGUGCCCCAUCAUGCCCGGAACCAACUACACCUACCGUUUCCAGGUGAAGGAUCAGAUCGGCAGCUACUUCUACUUCCCCACCACCGGCCUUCUACGCUCCGCCGGAGGCUAUGGCGCUCUCAACGUCCACAGCCGUAACCUCAUCCCCGUCCCAUUCGACUGGCCUGCUGAAGAAUACAAUGUCUUCUUGAGUGACUGGUACAAUAAGGGUCACAGGGAGCUGAAGAAGAUCCUCGAUGACGGUCAGACCAUCGCCCGGCCUAAUGGGUUGGUGAUCAAUGCCAAGCACGGGAAAGUCGGGGACAAGCUGGAGCCGAUUGCGACGAUGGAGGCUGGAAAGACAUACAGGUUCAGGGUGUGCAAUGUAGGAAUGAGAGCUUCCAUGAACUUCAGGUUCCAAGGACACGGGAUGACGUUGGUGGAGUUGGAGGGGUCCCACACAGUGCAGAACGUGUACGACUCGCUUGACCUCCACACCGGACAGUGCCUCUCCGUUUUGGUGACGGCUGAUCAGGAGCCCAAGGACUACUACUUUGUUGUCACCAGCAGGUUCCUUAAGCAACAGCUCUCCUCCGUCGCUGUCAUCAGCUACGCUAACGGAAAAGGUGUCCCUGCCUCCCCCGAGUUGCCACCUCCUCCUCCCGAGGACACCGAGGGCAUCGCUUGGUCCAUUAACCAGUUCAGGUCAUUCAGGUGGAACCUCACUGCUAGCGCAGCUAGACCGAACCCACAGGGGUCCUAUCACUAUGGCCAGAUCAACAUCACCCGAACCUUGAAGCUUGUUAACACUAAGAGCGAGGAUGGAGGAAAGCUUCGGUUUGCGAUCAAUGGAAUCUCCCACAAGGAUGGGGAUACCCCGUUGAAGCUGGCGGAGUACUUUGAGAAUCCAGAGUCCGUGUUCAAGUACGACAUAAUGAGCGAUGACCCACCAGAGGAUCUGAGCAAGGUGACUGUGGCUCCCAACGUGGUCAAUGCCACAUUCCGCAACUUCGUGGAGAUCAUAUUCGAGAACCACGAAAGGACCAUCCAGACCUACCAUGUGAGCGGGUACUCGUUCUUCGCUGUAGGGAUUGAGCCCGGGAAGUGGAGCCCCGAGAAGAGGAAGAAUUACAAUCUUGUUGACGGGGUGAGCAGGCACACCAUCCAAGUGUACCCCAACUCAUGGGCCGCCAUCAUGACCACCCUCGACAACGCCGGAAUGUGGAAUGUCAGGUCGGAGAUGUGGGAGAGAUUUUACUUGGGACAACAGCUAUACUUUAGUGUCUUGUCGCCGGCACGCUCCUUGAGAGACGAGUACAACAUUCCCGACACCCAGCUACUUUGUGGCUCAGUGAAGGGCAAGCCCAUGCCAAAACCUUACUCUAUCUAAAUUGUUGUUAUUAUACGUAGUAAUUGUGAAAUCUUUUAAAUUCUUGGAUUAAUGAAAAUAACAAUACUGUAUGGUAUUGAACAGUAUGUAGUAGGAGAGUAAGAGGGGUUAGGAACAAAGGAAUUUAAUUUGCUUCAGUUCCUUGUUUAGGUCCAAACGAGAUGUAUCAUAAACCCCUUUUACCUCAUGACCAAUAUGUUUUUAUAUAAUAAAAGAGUGUAGGGCGGAAAAGAUGGAAUACUUUGUUGUAUAUUGUAUAUCUUCAUUUUUGUCUAAUUGUUAGUGUAUUUGUAUCAUGG